ACCAAAACGAUUUGUUGUUGUUGCGCGAAAAAUAUACAAUUUUUAUUUUUUACACUCGUUUUAUUGCAACUGUUUAACUGCAAAUUAUUAGCAAAUUUGAACGGAAGGUUUGUUCAGCCAAAAGGAAUUGAAAUUCGGUGAAUGCCAUCAGAAAAUCAGUAGACUUUAUUCGGAAUUGGAAACAGUAAAACGGAUCACCAUCGGAAGGGCUCUAGAAAAAGUGAAAGUACGUAGAAAAUGUCCUCCCCGAUUAGUUCCGCCUCUGAGUACAACAGUGCCCUAGACGACACCAUCAACUCGUCGCUCAGUCCAGAACAGUUGGAUUUCUCGCUGACGGAAUCAGAUAUUGAAAACGUGAACAUUUCAAAAGAGUGGAACGACCUUAUGAAUCCCAAUCAGCGAAAGAAUCCAGAUGCUCGUGAGUCUUCCCGGUUGCUGCUGGACAGUCUGAAGAACAACAACAUGAACAACGCAGGACCGCCGCAGAAAAGCCCUUCCAAAUCUCUGAACAACGAAACCUUGGACAGCACACUGAGCACGGUCAGUUUGGACAUGAGUGGAGUCGGAUCCGCCAAUGGGAGCUCCACGCUUUCGUUCGUGUCCAGCUCGGAUGAGACUGGAUCCGGGCUGUUGAUGAGCGACGAGGAGGUAAGCAUUACCACCACCACCAAUGGUGGUGACCCAGUGACGACUGGGAGCAGUUCGAGCGUUACGGCUCCGAAGCCAUCGCCCGUCAGUGGAGCGACCGGAGGCGGUGGGGAUGACAGUCUGACCGCCAAGGAUUCCAAGGACACUACGCACAAUGUAUCGCUGCUGCCGGCGGAUGACGACCAACCGACGGAACCGGGACACAGCCAAAGUCAGAAGGACGCCAUCAAGAUCUAUAGCAGUUUGGAGGAAUUCGACAAGAACCUACCGGAUACAGUGACACUCCUUACCACGCCCCACGGCAGCAAGGUCUACCUGGUGGGAACGGCCCACUUUAGCGAGAGUUCUCAAAACGACGUCUCCUUGGUGAUGCGCAACGUUCAGCCCAACGUGGUCAUGCUCGAGUUGUGUCCAUCGCGUGUUCACAUCCUAAAAUACGACGAGAAAGCCCUCUUGGAGGAAGCCAAGGACAUCAACCUGGCCAAAAUCCAGAGCAUCGUCAAAACCAACGGUACCAUCAAUGGGCUUUUCUAUAUUCUCCUGCUAAACAUGAGCGCCAAAAUCACCAAGAAGCUAGGCAUGGCUCCCGGAGGUGAAUUCCGCCGGGCCGUGGACGAAGCCUCUCGCAUUCCAGAUUGUCUGAUCCAGCUGGGCGAUCGACAGAUCAACAUUACUUUGCAGAGGGCCCUACGAGGUCUUUCGCUGUGGCAAACAGUGAAGCUGAUUCCAAAGCUCCUAAUCAUGGACGACGACAUCACCGCGGAAGAGGUGGAGCAGUGCAAGCAGAAGGAUCUCCUGGAGGAGAUCAUGCUGGAGAUGGCCGGGGAGUUCCCUGCUUUCGGGCGGGUUUUCGUCGAGGAACGUGACCUCUACCUGUGCCACUCGCUGCAGUUGGCCGCCCUUCGACAGGAACUUCCCAACGGAACGGUGCGACCGGUGAACGUGGUCGGAGUCGUCGGAAUAGGGCACGCCGCCGGAAUUGUGAAACAGUGGGGCAAAGUGGAGAGUUCGGCGAUUGCCUCAAUCUUGACCAUUCCACCGGCCAGCUUCAGCCACCGGGCGGCCAAGUUUGUGCUCAAGUACGGCACGCUGGGUCUGUGCGCCUAUGGGGUGUUCCGGUUCGUGCGACCGCGGCUAAGCAAGUGGUUAUGAUCGGUUGUUUAUAUCCUAGUUCUCGAAGACUUUUGAGAACCUUCUUUUUUCCACUAGAGAGGGGUUGAUUUUUGGAACAUUUUUUUUUUUUCACAUCGAUUGAAAAGACAAUUUAUCACAGAAGUAAUGGUAUAGUAUUUCCGUGUCAGACGCUAGUUGUCUCUUCCGAAAAUUUGACCUGUACAGUGAUAAGGUACACCCAUUCAUGGUAAUAGCACAUGGUUAGAUCGGUUCGAAUCGUUCCGCUCGUAGCACAGUUAAGAAAAAAAACACAAAUCAAAAUAUUGUAUGAUUUGAUUCUGAAGCAUAACACGUAAAUUUCAUGUUUAGAUACUUAUUAAUAAAAAUCAUUCAACUAA